AUGACUGUUGAUAACUCGUUUGAGACCCUCUUUGCUGUUCCGCUGUCAUGUGACGGCUGUAUCAAGGCGGUUUCAGACUCUUUGUAUAAGCUCGGCGGUAUCAACAAUGUUGAAGGCAACUUGAAGGACCAGUUGAUAUCAGUCAAGGGCUCUGCUGCUCCUUCGGCUAUCGUGGAAGCUAUCCAGGCAACUGGUAGAGACGCUAUCUUGCGUGGAUCAGGAGCCUCAGAUAGUGCCGCUGUUAGUAUCCUCGAGACAUUCGAAGAUCCCGUUGAUGGCUGGUAUGAAGAGCCAAGCCGAGAUGUGAGAGGAUUGGCGAGAAUGGUGCAAGUCAGCUCAGGGCGAACACUUGUCGACCUAACUAUCCGUGGUGUAUCGCCAGGAACUUAUCGAGCUUCAGUCCGCGCAUACGGAGAUUUAAAGAAUGGCGCAGCCUCAACAGGACCGGUCUGGUCAGGAGAUGAUGGCAUACUCCGAGGUGACCUCGGUCUUGUCGAAGUUGGCAAAGAUGGCCGGGGAGCAAUAUUCGUGGACCAUGCUUUCCAAAUCUGGGAGGUUAUUGGACAUGCUAUGGUUUUGACAAAGCAAGAAGAAAAGAACGAGUCACUGAAGAACGACAAGGACACAGUUGUCGGCAUCAUCGCACGAAGCGCCGGCAUGUGGGACAAUGACAAGACAGUGUGUUCCUGCACAGGCAAAACGCUCUGGGAGGAACGUAAGGAUGAGGUUGAGAAGGGAAUGUUGUGA